UCCUAAACAAAAAUGAGUGACAUAUUUUUUGACACUUGCUUUUGCACUUUACGAAGGGAUAACUAGAUUUCUUGUUUUUUUUUAUUAAAUUAGGGCAUUCAUACUAUAUUUAUUUUUUUCAUAAUAUUUAAAAUAGUGUUUUAAGUACAAUAAUGGAAAGCAAUUAUGUCCAAAUAAAGGACAUGCGUCCUGGAUUAAAAAACGUAAAUGUUGUGUUUAUCAUAUUAGAGGUGGGUCACGCAACUAUAACCAAAGAAAACCGCGAAGUUCGAACUUUUAAAGUGGCUGAUCAAAGUGCCAGUAUUAAUGCUAGUAUUUGGGAUGAAGCUGGCCAACUACUGAUUCCAGGGGACAUUGUUAGACUAACUAAAGGGUAUGUAUCGGUCUGGAGAAACUGCCUAACAUUAUACACUUCUAAAGGAGGAGACUUACAAAAAAUUGGUGAGUUCUGCAUGGUUUUCAAUGAGCAACUUAAUAUGAGUGAGCCGAAUCAAUUAUUACCUCAAUUGCCACCCGGUACCCCAAAUAGUCUGCCUAUGAAUAAUGGAACAAAUAAUAAUAAUAACACAAGAGCAGGUGUGGGCCCUCCACAGUCUCCAGUGACUACAACUGUUCCAAUGACACUGCCCAUGCAGCAUAACAAUGUUGCUGGUCCCGCAAAAACAACAUCAAAUAGCAAUACUUCUAGAUCGACAGGGAACGGACCUCCACCAGACAACCAAAAACGCCAAAGAGGACAAAGAGGAGGACAACAUAGAACUAGGCCCAAAUAAAAAAUUAUAUAUGUAUUUUAAUUUUUUAAACAGAAUUUGUGAUAAAAUUUGUAUUCAAACUCAUAUUUUGUAAAUAAUGUAAAAUAAAUUUUUUAUACAGGUUUGAUAUUGUUUUGCAUCCAUCAAACUCUUAUUCAUACUAAAAAACUAAUAUACUUUGUUACCUCCUGUACAUAUUAGUUUCGCAAAAAUCCACAGCUAAAUAUUCAGAG